UACAUUCUACCAACAGCAGUAGACUGAACAUUAAAUAAUGAAUAAUCUAUAACUAGAAAAACAAGAAAAACCUAAAUUGAAUCAGAGUUGGAAAAUUAGGUAGAGGCAUUAUUAUAUCUAAUUGCAUGAACUUCUGCAACAAAAGUCUUUUAUGUUCAAUAUAUGAUCAACUUCAUCUCCUCAUUUUGCAGCAUUUUCUAAUUUAUAUUCACAAAUUUAUAGUAAUAAUGUGCUAUUAGUUUGAAUUAAUAUUAAAUACACAUCCCUCUUGCUGAAAUAACUUAUUUACAACCUUCCUGAAGGUUAUGCCGAGUCAUCACCUGAGGAGAGGUAAAUAAUUUUCAAUCUAUGGUAGUGGCAGUAUUGGUCAAGAAAAAAUUCUCGUCAGUAGUCAGAGUUCCAAAUUUUGAUAGUGGGAUUCUUGAUUUCUUGAUGCCUGAAUAAAUUCUGACUCAUGAUUAGCGAUUACAAUUUAUAAACCAUCUUCAGAACUUUAUACCUACGAGUUUGCUUGUGGCUUUAGAACAGUGAAUUACGGUUGUAUUGUGAGUAGUGUAAUAUUGUGCAAUUUAUUCUUCUAUUGUUAGUGUGCUCAAUUUAGUUCAAGUGCAUAAGGUAAUUCUAUUUUGAACUUGUCCAAUCCAAAUCACAUAUUUCAACAUGAGUUUGCAGUGGACCUUGAUUGCUGGAUUUCUAUACCUAGAAAUUGCAAUUGUUCUAUUGUUGGUUUUACCUGUAGCGUCGCCAAGACGAUGGCAAAAAAUUUUCAAGUCGAGAUUCAUUCAGACAUUUUCAAAUCAAGCGGGUUGGUAUUUUGGACUUGUUCUUGUAAUUUUGGUGUUGUUUUUACUUGAUGCAAUCAGAGAAAUGAGAAAGUAUUCUACCAACGAUCAUCCCGAAGGUGCGCACUUACAUUUGGAUGCUGAAAUGCAAGGAAACAUGAGGCUCUUCCGCGCACAAAGAAACUUCUACAUCUCAGGAUUUGCUUUGUUUCUAAGUUUGGUUAUCAGGAGAUUGACCACCUUGAUUUCAACUCAAGCACAACUUCUGGCUCAAAGUGAAGCUGCUAUAGCUCAAGCAAAAUCUGCCACAACGGCUGCCAGAGAUAUCAUGAGUUCCAAGAGUUCUGGUGAAGCCGCACAGAACAGUACCAAUGAAGCUCAUGACAAAGAAAUUACAGAGUUGAAGGAGAAACUGAAGAAAACCGAAAAAGAGUUGGAGCAUUCCAAAAAAGACAAAGAGGCAAUGGUAUCUCAGUCCCAAGAUUUCUUGACUAAGUCUAUAAGGUUUUCCAGUCAACUAACUUACAAAGAAUUCAAUUAUCAAUAAGCCUUUUCAUCAAUA